UGUGUAUAAACAUCGUCACCUCCAAUCAGAAAUCAGAAUCGACUGAAACUUGAAGAAGGAAAUUCACUCACAAUCUUUGAUUUGUGAAUUCACACACACUGCGGUGCUGAAAUCUCAGCAAAAAUGUCAGCUCUCUCCAAUUCUGUUGUGAUUUCGGAACGCCCUCUUCUCCAUCUCUCGUCCGGUUCGUCUCUUAAAUCAGCAGAUGGAUUAGGGUCCUCCAAGUUGUCCUUCAGCGUAAACAGCACUAGAAAACCGAGCAGCCUGAGUAAAGCACUCACAGUCAAAGCCAGUUACAGUGACGAUGGAAGAUCAAGCAACGGAAGUGCCUUUAUUAGCGGAUUUGUUCUAGGGGGAUUGAUCGUUGGAACACUUGGUUGCAUCUACGCACCUAAGAUCAGCAAGGCUUUAAUUGGCACUGAGAAGAAUGAAUUGAUGAAAAAACUGCCCAAAUUCCUCUACGAUGAAGAGAAGGCUUUGGAGAAACAACGGAAGAAACUGUCUGAGAAGAUCGAACAACUCAACUCAGCUAUAGAUAACGUGUCGACUCAAUUGAGGACAGAAGAACCCCCUACUGAGGAGGAAGCUUUGAGUGUAGAGGAUGACAUAGAGGCUCUCGUUUAAACCAUGUCAGUCGUCUCAAAAACCGGACCUCCUGCUCGUUUCUUGCAUAAGCCGCCCCUCGUUUUGGAAUAUACACUCAUGUUUAUUUGUGCUUCAAGACUAGUUUACGCGAGAUGUUAGGUUGAAAUCGUUUCUGAAAAUCUAUGAAUUCUGCGAAUGCUGAGAUCAUUCAUAUGUUGGAGAUAUGAAAUAAUAACUUUUACUUAUUCA